AUGUCUGAUGAUGAAGAAGUGGUAAUAAAGAAGAGCAAACAGGUUCACUAUGGAUCACUGGAGGAGCAAGAAAAGGCUCGGCUGGCGGCGCUUGCUGCAGCCGCCCGGGAAGGAGUUGAAGAAUCAGAUGGAAAAGAUCUUGGAGAUAUUCAGAUAUCCAGUGAAUACAUGGACCUCGAGGAUGAAAUGUCUAAGGACAAGAAGGCCCUGCUUGAAGAGUUUGAGAGGAGGAGAAAGGCUCGGCAGCUGAAUGUGUCUACCGAUGAUGAUGAGGUGAGAAGGAGUCUCCGUCAGCUUGGUGAACCCGUGUGCCUGUUUGGUGAGGGUCCGGCUGAGAGAAGAGUGAGACUGAGAGAUCUGCUCAGUUACCUUGGCGAGGAUGCCAUCCACAAGAAAUUGGAAGAGGAAGAGGCGAGGAUAGAGAGGGACAGAUGCCGCGAGGGCACCUGGUACCACGAGGGCCCUCCUGAGCUACGGGACGCCAGGCUCUGGAUCGCCAGAUACUCACUGCCCAGGGCCAAACAAAGACUGACCAAGGCCCGCGAGGAGCUAAAGCUUCCCGGCAGCAUCCGAGCGGCUGCAAAGCAGGAGUCGCAGAGGAAAGCGUCAGCCAUAUCGAUAUAUUGCAGUCAGAUCGGAGAUACGAGGCCUAUCAGCUUCUGCCGAUUCAGUAACGACAGUCAGAUGCUGAUCACUUCCAGUUGGUCCGGGCUGUGCAAGGUGUGGGCGGUGCCGGAGUGCGAGGCGCUGGCGACGCUGCACGGCCACACGUGCAACGUCAGCAGCGCCACCUUUCACCCGGCGGCCGCCAUGCCGCAACACUUCCGCGACAAGAUAAAAGACGCGAAAGAAGGUAAAACCGGUACACCGGAGGCGAUGGAAACCAACGAGGACAAGUCCGAGGUGUGCACGAUGGCUUCCUGUGCAUACGACGGCAGCGUACACCUCUGGAACUUCUCCAGCGACAGACCGAUGGCAUCACUGGGUGGCCAUGCACCAGCUCGAGUGGCUCGCGUGGAGUUCCACCCGUCGGGCCGGUUCCUCGCCACCACCGUCUUCGACCACUCCUGGCGCCUAUGGGAUCUGGAAACCGCGACCGAGGUCUUGCAUCAAGAGGGUCACGCGAAGCCGGUAUACAGUAUCGCGUUCCAAGGCGACGGCUCACUAGCAGUGACCGGGGGCAUGGACGCGUUCGGGCGCGUGUGGGACCUGCGCACGGGCCGCUGCGUCAUGUUCCUGGAGGGCCACGUGGGCCCGCUGCUGGCCGUCGACUGCGCGCCCGCAGGUCACCAGCUGGCCACCACCGCCGCCGACCACCAGACCAAGAUCUGGGACCUGAGGAGACGAGCGCCGAUCUACACCAUACCAUCACACACACAUCUCGUCAGUGACGUGCGGUACCAGCGCAGCCACGGACACUUCCUGGUGACAAGCUCUUACGACAAGACCGCGAAGCUGUGGUCCAACCCGGCAUGGCAUCCUCUACGCACUCUCUCCGGACACGAUAACAAGGUGAUGAGCGCAGACAUAUCCCUCGACAACAAAUACAUAGCGACGUGCUCUUACGACCGUACCUUCAAGCUGUGGGUUCCCGACCUGGCGUAA